GUCGAAAAUAUGCAUGACGUAAAUAAUAGCUCACUGAUUUAGGCAAGGUAGGUCCAACGAAUCUGUGUAUCAAUCCUCAUGAUGCGGGCGUGUCUUUUGACAAGCUGACCUGAACUUGGAUCAUUGUUGCAGCCAUCAGACAGAGUAGGGCAAACAAUCAGGCGCCAGGAUUCGCCAUCUGAUCACCUUGAAAGUUUCACACAUCUCAAUGCCGUGUCCUAGACAAGUUCUCUUGACAAAAUUGAGCAAACUCUCUACAGAGAGCGAAUGCGUAGGAUGUAACAGGCAUCGGACACAAUCGUCUAAAUCUAAUAGGGUGCGAUCUUUUCUUUUUCUGAUCGAGAGUGAAUUGCAAAGGAUAUUGAAUUUGAAAAACUUUGAAAAGAAGGAGAGAGAAUAUGUUUGCAUCGCGAUUAUCCUUGAGGGUAUCCCCUGCCUUCAGGUCGUGUCCACCUCUGCUACAGAAUGGAUACCUUCCGAGGACGAUGAUGAUCAGGGCGUCGACGUCGAGACGUAACGAUGCGAUUGAACCAUGUCGGCGUUUAUUGUCGACAUCAUCAUACCGACAUCGCUCUAAUUGGAGUAGAAAGACAGCGAAGACAGCGAUCAACAGAGAUGAGACGUCGAGACCGAGGUUCAUGGAACAUAGGAGAUCAUCAGAGGAUCCGGUGCUAAGCCCCGAAGAAGCUGUCGAGAUCGUCCUUCGGCCAUCUACCAUAGACGACUGCCAUGCAAUCUAUAAGAUGCUUCUCGCUCAAGCUGAAUGGGAAGGUUGUCUAGAUCUGGUCAAGAUAACGGAAGAAGAUAUACGAAGAGAUUUUUUCGGUGAGAGCCCAAUAAGCUAUUGUGACCUCGCAGAAGUACACGGUGAUAGCGGCCAGACAUCACUCAUUGGAUAUGGUCUUUAUUCCUUUCAUUUCUGUGCAUGGGAAGGAAAAACUGGUGCAGGAGAGAACAUUUUCAUUCACCAUCAGUACCGAGAUCUCGGAAUCGGAUCCAUAUUGUUGCAUGAAAUUUCAAAGAAAAUGUACGCACUCGGCUGCCGCUCGAUCUCGGGCUAUUUUGACGAGAACGAGAUAGGAUUGAAACGCUGGUACAUCGCGGAGGGUUACGAAAAUCUCACGGAGAAGCACAACUUUCAUCUUUACUCGCAGUCUGGGGAGAAAUUGGAGAGAUAUAUACACCAACAUGAUAAACAUGAUGAGUACCUGGCCAAAGCGAAAUCACGUGGUAUUCAUAUCGAAUCAAGGAUACCAAAUAAAGACGGGAAGAUGAUUUUGUAGAUCAGAGACUAUUCAUCAGCGUUUUUAGAGUGAACUGUUCAAUCGUGCAGGAAAACUUACAGAAGUAAUACAGUAUUAUUGUUUAACUCAGUAUGGUAAUACAAAAUAUUGCCUAUUGCAAAAGAAUGCAACUUACGGAAGCUUUUAUAAGUGUCAAACAGAUGACGAGUACAGGAUAAGAAGACGAGAAACUGUGUUAAAUGACGAGAAGACGAGUUAUUGGAACUCUACAAGUCAGUUUAUUUGGGACAAGAAGGCAAGACAACAAGUAGUUAAAACUUUGGAAAUGAGCUCAAGUUGUUUUGGAAGAUAAGACAAGAUGACGAGUUGUUGAAACUUGACAAGUCUAUUCGUGUGUGACAAGAAGGCAAGAUGACAGGUUUUUGGAACAUGGCAAGUCGACGUGUUCGACAAGAGGGCAAUCUGACCUGUUUAUAUAACAGGAAGACAAGAUGACGAGUUAUUGGAAAUUGGAGAGACGACCUGUUUGGAACAAGGAGAUAAGAUGACACUAUUAAAAUUAAACAACUCGUCAUCUCGUUUUAAUUCUCUUUCCAAAUAAGUCGAUUUGCCAAGUUUCAUCAACUCGUCAUCUUGUUUUCUCUACCCGAACAAGUCGACUUAGCGAGUUCCAACAAUUGGUUUUUCUCGUCAUUUAACCCGUUUUCUCGUCUUCUUAACCCGUUAUCUGUUUGGCACUUAUAACUUCCGUUGUAACUGACCAUGGAGAUCAUUUUUUGUCAUUGAUAGAGAAAAUGGAAUGGACACAGGGCCAAGACAAUCAUUCUAGAACUUAGAACGCAUGUUUGCGACAGAGACACCCACAAAAUAGUCAAUCAAAUUGCUCCGAAGAAAUUACAUCGUGCCAAUCUGUGCUUAAAAUCAUCCGGAUAAAUAUGUACAAAAUGCUUACUUUUACUUAAAAAAGAAUACAGUAUGAUAUUUUUACUUUCACACUGCUUUUUAAAUUUCAAAUUUAUUCUUUGUCUUGUUAAUACUCGAUGUUCUUUUCAUCUAUUUGUUUUCAAUGAUAUUUGCUUACAACACCAUUUUUAUUGCGAGCUGUGUAAACUAAAUUGAUUUUAAUCAAAAGUAGAAAAGUAGAAAUAAUAUAAUUAGGCAUAAUGCAUUCUGACAUGUAGGACUUUUAUAUUGGAUUUGAAUACGAAAUCACGGUCCCUGUAUGAUAUAAAUAGCUAGUCUUAAGAUAUACUUUUUUAGAUAAUCAUCAAUAAUACAAAGAAAUAAAUGGCUUCCAAUUUUACUUGUAUAUACAUGACUAGAAACUAAAUUGUUUUAAGAGGAAAGUACCUGUUUAUCUAUUCGGUAACAUAAUGAUUGUCGUAUAAUAUGUAUUGUGAAUUAGUGUGUUAUCGAUCCAAUGGGCCUAAAUUUCAAGACUACACUGCACAUAAUACUAGUAUUGCAUUAUGGGUUGGCAACCUGGCCAGAGCUGGGUAGGUAAGAACUUGAGAGUUGAGCCUACAAUUUUACUUGUAUAUAUAAGAAACUACAUUGUUUUGAGAGGAAAAAGUAAUUGUUUACCUACUUGGUAACAUGAUUAUCAUGGUAUAAAUGAGUAAUAAAUCGGUGUGUUAUCACCCCAAUGGGCCUAAAUAUCAAGACUACACUGCUCAGAAUGUUGAAUUAUGGGUUGGCAACCUGGCCAGAAUUGGGUAGUUAAGGACUUUAGAUCUGCUUUAAAUAUUGCGGAACAUCGGAAUAAUAAUAAUAGUUACAGUUAUGUAGCACUUAUUACAUUGUAAUUAUUAUUACCCCGGUCAUCAGAUCCUUGCAUGCCCGCAAACACUGUAUGCACUUUCUCCACUCCCUAGGGAGCAUUUCAACAAGAGUUCCAAGACUCAAUUGCUUGGUAUACUUCAUAGGCUUUCGCAUCCUACUGGGUACCCAUUUAGCACCUGGAUGGAGAGUGGCAAAUUGUGGAUUGAAGCCUUGCCAAAGGACGCUAUAGGCCAUGGUGGGAUUCGAAUACACGACCCUCUGAUUGUAAGGCGAGAGUCAGAACCGCUACACCACGACGCAUCCACACGAAGUCAAUCGAAGUCAAUGGUCGUAUGUAGGUAUGUUUGAGAGGGUGGGGUGGGCAGGGGUUGAGUUGUUCAAGAGAGAAACGAGGAAGUGAAAAUGUGUGGAUUAACCUUGGCAUGCCAGAAGCCGCUACACUCCAUUUUCCUUUUCUCUUUCAUAAGCUUUAUACAUGCAUGCCAUUUUGAUAUGUUGUAGUAUGUGAUAUUUUAUUGAUUUGUCAAAUUUAAUCUGUCAGAUGAUUCAAAGAUGUGAAUAAAUUUAAUUGAACUGAACUAGA